CUCCGCCGCUCAGAGCUGCUGCUCCUGCGUCUCCAUAUACUUCCUGCACCGAGCCACAGCAUUCAGAGGCUAUCUGUCGAAAGAGGGGAGCCAAGAUGAGGAACAGAGAUAUUUGGGAGGGAACGUGAGGCUUGACUCAAGGACUUUAAGAUGACAUAAACUAAGGACCCAACUGGAACUGUCUCCUUGUUUGUCUUUUGUUUUGUUUCUGUUUUUGUUUUUGAUUUCUGUUGUCAUUUUUGUUUUUUCACCUGUCUUACUUUGUGUUGCUCCUCCUCUUGCGGGGUAGUACUUGAUUGAGUGAAUCUUAUCACACUACUGUCUAGGGAACUGGCUUAGUCACUCCUUUUGUCUGCCUCCUUUAUGUCACUUACAUCAAGAUAGCAAUAGAAGUAUCAAUGGUCUUGAAAAGUCUGCACUAAUCUAUCUUUGUGGCAUUAAUUACAUUUUGGGCAACACUUAAAAUGCAAUGUACUUUACAAAAAUCUUGUGCAUUAAUUUAAUUUAAUUGUUGUAGCCUCCUUGUCUAAACAAGGCGUGUUUGUGUUUUGUCUUGAUCAUACCUAAUGAUCAUUUUUAAUGCAACUAAGAGUUUCAUUUUUGUCCAUUUGCGUAAUUAUUUAAGGCGAAUUGUCAAUGUUAAGUAGCUGCUCAGCUGCCUUGUAUUGCUAUCACAAUAGGCGGCUUUUACAUUGUAAUGUAAACUUAUUUUUAUACUUAUGCAAUCUUUGUGAAGAACACUUUUUUUUGGCUUAAAUGACUGAUUUUACAUUUUAUAAAAGUCUUGUUUGUUGUGACUAUGUUGAUGUAUUUUCUGUCCACUUUCCAACUCGCAGCAAACUGUAUAAGCUGACAGCUCCACAGAUCAAACCUUGAUGGGAGGUUUCUAACUGUGACACAAAGACUGGUCUUAAGCAGUUCCCAUCUUCACUGGAUCAAUAAAAAAAUACUCUAAUUUGAAGAAGGAUUAAACUGGAAAACGUUAUUUGUAUUCUUUUCAAAUGAAGACAUAUAUCUGAACUGGAACAAGAGGAAGAUCAUUUUUUGUGACUUUUACCCCUUAAACUGAAGCACUGACAAAAAGAAUGAUUUUGAAGAGAUUUUAGGGAGAAAGUUCUCGACAGACAUAGUUUUUCGAUUUUUGCUGCAAAACAUGAACAGCUGGUAGAUUGCCCAGCUCUUCAAGCAUCUGAGUUCAGAAGCCCUUAAUUUUUUUUAGACUGACUUAACUUUGAGCAAAGAAAAUGCGAUCCCCAGAACCUUCCUCACCUUCUCCAGCAGAAGCUCUCCUUCAUGGCCAGUUUGCCAGCUGGGGAACAAGCAGCAACAGCAACAAUAACAGUAGUCCCAACCGCCCGGGUGGUUCAGGAGGGCUGUCCCCAGCUGCUCCUCCAACUCCAGCUCCGGCAUCCAAUUAUGCCCUAACUCUCACCCACACCCACAUACACAUACAGCGCCUGUCCCCCCGGCCUGGAAAGGAAGCUCGUCUCCUGCUACCCUUAUUAGAGUUGGUGGGGUGCAGCUGCCCCCGGUCCCCUGCUCCCCCUCUGCUGGUGCUGUACUGGUACCCACCAGGAAAACGAAGGAAAGGAGUGUCCCGGCGCAGGCAGGUGAGGGCCUAUCUGGCAGAAAGCAGAGCUGAAGCUGAGAGGUGGUCGGCUGCUGUACAGUGUCUACUUAGAGGUGUGACCGUCACUGCUAGCACAGAAUUUUCAAGAAGUCUGCUACCUCGUCCCAGGCGACUACUGUUAUUGGUCAAUCCCUUCAGUGGAAGAGGCCAGGCAAUGCAGUGGUGUCAGACCCACAUCCUGCCAAUGAUUAGAGAGGCCAACAUCAGCUACAACCUUAUACAGACAGAACGUCAGAACCAUGCCAGAGAGCUCAUCAGAGAGAUAUCACUCCCAGAGUGGGAUGGCAUCAUCAUUGUUUCUGGGGAUGGUCUGCUGCAUGAGGUAAUUAAUGGGCUGUUGGAGCGCUCAGACUGGGAACAAGCAAUAAAAACCCCUGUCGGCAUUCUACCCUGCGGCUCUGGGAAUGCACUGGCUGGCUCCAUCAAUCACCACGCAGGGUAUGACAUGUGCCUUCGAGAGCCCCUCCUUUUAAACUGCUGCUUUUUGCUCUGCCGAGGCGGAGUCCGACCCAUGGACCUGGUCUCUGUGACAACAAGCCCCGCCCCUUCCAACAACAACCGUGCUGCAGCACCCAGGAGACUGUUUUCCUUUCUUUCUGUUGCCUGGGGCUUUGUGUCCGAUGUGGACAUUGAGAGUGAGAGGUAUCGUGGUCUUGGCUCAGCUCGCUUCACCCUGGGCACAUUAGUGCGCAUAGCUUCUCUUCGAUCCUACAAGGGUCGUCUCUCCUUCCUACCACCCUCUGUUGUCACCACAUCACCAGAUGCCACACCUCCUCCACCAAGGAGACCGCUCUCCCGCAGUAUCACAGAAGGCCUGGAGGGCUUCUGCCGCACGCCUAUCCAUCGCACCUGCUCUGACAUGGGCAUCAGUGAACAGAGGAGCUUGCGCAGGGGUGAGGGAGAGAGGGAAAAAGAAGAGAGGCAGAAGGAAAGGGAGAGAAGAAGGGAGAGGGCCAGGGGAGGAGGAACUGGUGUGGUGAGGGCAAGCAGUCUGGCAGAAGACAGAGAGAGGGAGGGAGAGAUGGAGAUGGAAGCAGAGGAGGAGAGGUCAGGGACUUGUUCAGAGAGAUCAGGGACAAGUUCAGAAUCAAAUGAAAGGGAUGAAUGCAGUAUGGGAAGGGAAGAAAGGCUGGAGAGGAUCAAGGAUGAGAGGGAAGAUGAUGGAACAGCAGAGCAAUACUCAGAGGAGAUUGAGGAAGACGAUAGAGGUAAGGACGGGGAAGGGAGCAGUGGUUCUGUAGAAGGAGAGGGAGUGUUGCAUGCGAGAGAGCUGGGAGAGAGCUAUGGGGUUGUCAUGGGGCGAGAGGCAGAUGAAGAGCCAGAGGAUGGUGUCACCCACCAGGAUUGCCUUCAUGAGACCAGGCAGGCAGUGAGAAAGAAUUCAGCCCCUUCGAGUCAGAUAGCCGAAGCUCUCCGCAACCAGCCUCUCAGUCAGGAGGCUGAUGCAGAUUCAGGCACUUCAAAUGGCGUCGAUGAUAUGGAUCUGAAUGGAACUUACUACCAGAAAGAUUCAUACACACUGGAUGUCACUCGUGAGCGAGCUUUGACGAUCUCUUCUCCCUUUCGUCAUUCUCCCUUCUCUUACAAGCCCAAAACCCUGGACAAAAACCAAAACGCCUCCCGGCCAAGGCCCCUCUCCCUCCUUCAGCACUCCCAGACAAAUUCCCUCCCACCUAAACUCAACUCUCUCUCCCUGUCUCUUUCUCCCACACCCCCCUCAUCUCCUUCUUGUGCCUCCCCACACUCAUCAUCCUACCUCGCUCCUCGUCCUAACACCCCAAAUUCCACAUCACCCUCGCCCUCUUUACGCACGCCAUCCUCUUCUUUUAACUUUGACAUUGCUGAACCAGCAGGACCCUUCAAGAACCGUCCAUCAUUCUCGCUGCCUUUAAAUCUACCAAGGGAUGAUUUGUUACCCCCUCUCGACCAGCCCCUUCCCACUCGAGACUGGAUCACCAUUGAAGGGGACUUUGUCCUGGUCCUGGCCCUUUAUCAGACCCACCUUGGGGCUGACCUUUUUGCUGCACCCCAGGCCAGGUUUGACGAUGGGCUGAUCCAUCUGACUUUUGUGCGAGCAGGGAUCUCUAGAGCAACUCUACUGAGACUUUUCUUUGCCAUGGAAAGAGGAACCCACCACUCUGUCAGCUCUCCAUAUGUGAGCCACGUUACCUGUAAAGCAUUCAGGCUGCAGCCUCUGUCGGCACGAGGAACACUCACUGUGGACGGAGAGCUUGUGCCCUACGGGCCGCUUCAAGCGCAGAUCCAUCCUUCCAUGGCCCGUCUCAUUGUUGGAGACUCUGGAGAGAGGAUUACCAGAUUCUAAUCAGGGAUUGGUUGAUUUGAUUGACAUAUCAGCACUCUACUGAAUUAUAUAAUCUCUGUUGCCAUCCAUAGUCUGAGAGGACGGGAGUAGCUGAGAGACUUCAAAUAGCCUGAAUUGCAGAAACUGCUUUUCUACGGAUUAAUGAAAGGGAUAACCAACCAAGCCACGCAUCAUUGAAGCAUGUCUGCAGGGAUUAAUAGUGAAUUUCAAAAUGGAUGAAAAAUGCACCUCAUUGCACAGCUGUUGGAUUACGUACAGCGUACCCUGAGAAGCAUGAAAACAGCACAGCCUGGGAUGAUGAGAGGGAAAAACAAUUGAAUGUUUAUGGGUUUUUGUGCAGAUAGUGCAUGUGUUGGAUGUAUACAUAACAGUAUGCAUGCAAAGAAGCACUACCUGUUUUAUUUUGGGGUUUUUUUGUUUUUGCCUUACGUUGAGAUGAAGAGAAAUCAGAUUAAAUUCAAAGAAUAUUGUUUGUACACAUGAAAAGCUAUAAAAAUGUAUUGAGAUUCUCUUGGGCCAAGAGCCAGUGAAAUUAUUGCCGCGUCUCUAUCAUCAAACAGCCUCAUCUUACAUCAACAUCCAGAUGUUUGAGUAUAAAAACUUUAGUCCCUGAAAGGAAUGCCUUAUCUGAUACUGUACAGUACAGCUGUACCUUUACCCUUUCCUUCUUAUGUAUGAAACUUUAAUCUUCUUGAUUUCCGUUCACCUAUCAAAGUCCGUUGACUACAUUUAAAAAACAUAAAGUCUGAGCGCAUGUAACUCGACCACUCUUGCGCAUCAGUGGAGAAAAAAGUGACUACAAGUAAUCAUUUUUCUCAUGCAAGUAAAUAAACAUAGAGCAGCAGGAUCAAGCUUUUCAGGGUCACCACAUUAGUACGAGCAGUGGAUCCGUUGAAGGGUAUCUAUUACCAACGUUUGCAUAAUCUGCCUUUUUUUCUUAACCAGUGGAGGCACAGUGAUAGUGAUGUUUAACAGAUGUUGCAUGCCUUUACUAAGAAGUAAAUUUCACACUUAUUCUUCCCAAACACGCUGAAGAUCACAACACUAGAACAAUUCAAACUAAAGGGCAACACUCUUCUGUCUGAUGCAGUGUUUUGUUUCAGAAAGUAGAUCCACUAGCAUUAGCGUCACCUGACAUGAAUUAACUGUUGCACUUUGAAGACUCUUAGCUUUUGAGGAUGGGACUGACCGUUAACAAAAUCAUGUUGAAACGCUAAAAUCCUGCUGUAGAGUCAGCACUAAUCCCCAGCGUUGUCAGAUCAGGUGGUAAAUCAGAUAGAAAACAGCUUGCACUUUGAGAAAUUUGCCAGCAGCAGAGGCAGUUUGUUCAAGUAGGCAACAGACUGAUGUUUAAAACUGAAAUAUAUUUUGAGACUACAAGUAUUUCCAAAUGUCGAUGAGUUGAAUCAAACUACAGAGGGUGAAGCCAUUUGAGGAAUGUUUUUUUUUUUUUUUAAAUUGAAACCUGCUGAUACUUGGACGAAGAAUAAAUCAUUAGCAUGUGCAGUUUAUCAAUCAGAAGGUUUGUGUGCCAACUGCUUGGUUCAUCAUCAACUUACUGUAUGUCUCGGUCAUACCUGGACAAAUCAAUGCCUUUGUAUAAUAAGCCUGUAAAUUCUGGCUGUUGAUCAUGAACUGUUUAAACCUGACUGCAGAAAAUGGAGUAAAACUCUUUUGCUUACCAGGAUGUUAUUUUUUUGCUUUUAUUUUUAUUUUGUAUUCCUUUGAGCGCACAAUGCAGCUAUUCUACCACAACUACACUGUGCUUACACAGCUACAGAAUGUGAGUACAACAUUUUGGGUCUAGGCUUGUAAUAUUACCAAAUAGAUGAGUCUCUAUACACUUUGAAUGGACUUUUUGCCAAAAUGUUUACUCUUGAUGUUUAAGAGACUAGUUAUAACCGUUUACCUUCCUAAACACUUUGUUGUCUAUGGCCAUAGCUGGGACCAUGGUGUUAAAGACCAAUUCCUAUAUGACCACGAUGGGGUAUUACCCUUCAGUUGAUAAUGCCAUAAAGAUGUCUGUAGUGGACUGCCUGUAAUGAAAUUGUAAUUACUACUAAAACAAUGAAAAUAUAUACAUACACAUUGUACAGUUAAUAGUUAUAUAUGGUUUUCAAUAAAUGUAACUUCAUAAGUUUGUUUGGAGCAAAUUAAUGCCUUAUUUUGUCUUUAGUCACUAAUAUGCCACCACGUUUUUAUAAUAGAAUUAAACCGUUUGAUGUGGAAAGCAGGAAGCUUUUUUCACGUAUCUAAAUGGCUUUUUAUCUUUUACCCUUCCAGCAACACAUUACUAAUAAAAUUGAUCUGUAACUGUC